UGUACAGAGGGACUGAAUGUCUUCGAUGAUAAAGGCAACUGCCUUAGCUUUGUUUCGUUGAGGAUAACAAAACUAAGCAAACCACCAAAACAGAGACUGAUUGGGUAAAUAAUGGCUUCAGUAUCAACCAUAUCAUCACUACCACCGCCGUGGCUUACAACCAAAACCUCGCGAAGUCCUUCUGCUUCUCUCACUCUACUCACCAGAAGGAGCUCUGUCUCUGUUAAUGUGGCUACCACUAACCCCACUUCUCGCUCUGCCCUUCUUCACUCCUCUUUUCUCUCUUCUUCUUCUCUCUCUUUUCCUUCUGCAUUUUCAGGUUUAUCUUUGGGGGUAGAUUUCAAAUCUAACAUCACAGUAAGAAAGGAGAAAGGCCAUGGCCUAGUGGUGAGGGCUGGGAAGGCUGCGCUUUGUCAAACUAAGAGGAAUAGGUCUCGGAAAUCCCUGGCUCGGACUCAUGGCUUCCGCAGAAGAAUGAGAACCACUAGCGGAAGAGCAUUGUUGAAGCGUCGACGAGCCAAGGGACGGUGGGUACUUUGCCCAAAGUCCAACCACAAUAGCGGGAAGCGUCCAUAAGUGCUCUUUCUUACUCAUUUCCAAUAGGUUAUUUGUAAUAUUCAAUGUUGUUCACUGAAUGAUUAAUCUGACCUUUUCAGAUGCUUCUUUGUUUCAUUCGAGCAAUUUUUGGUUAAUUGAAUUUCAAUUUGUUUUUAUCA